AUGUCACUUAAAGAGCUAGUGGAACAACAUGUGCCUAACCACCCUAAGCCUGCAGGAAUUACUUUCACCUAUGGAACUGCUGGGUUCCGUAUGCAUGCGAAGUACUUGGACUAUGUCAAUUAUACCGUGGGAAUUCUUGCGUCAUUGAGAUCGAAAAGCCUUGGCGGCAAGACUGUUGGUGUCAUGAUUACUGCAUCUCACAACCCGCCUCAGGACAAUGGGGUCAAAGUGGUCGAUCCAUUGGGUAGCAUGUUGGAAACCAAAUGGGAAACAUUUGCAUGUCAAUUGGCCAAUUCGUCAGAGCCAGACUUGAUAAAAACAAUUGAGGGCUUGGCUAAGGGGUUGGACAUUGAUUUGAACAGUACAAGCAGUGUUGUAAUUGCUAGAGAUUCGAGAGAGAGUAGUCCAGCGUUAAACAAAGCCACCAUUGAUGGAUUUAAAAGUGUUCCAAAUACGAAAUAUGUCGAUCUUGGACUCUUGACAACACCUGAAUUACAUUACAUUACAAGAACAUUCAAUGAGUCAUCUUUUGGGGAAAGGAAUGAAGAGGGAUAUUACAAAAAGUUGGCUGACUCAUUUAGACAAAUUUUUGACUUGUCAAACAGAAACAGAAACGGAAACGAAAAGAUUGACAUCACAAUUGACGCCGCAAAUGGGGUGGGUGCACCUAAGAUAGAUGCGUUAUUGAAAAAAUACCUUUCUGACAAAGUCAGCUUUGAAAUCGUCAAUGGGGAUUAUGAAACUCCCUCGUUGCUAAACUAUGACUGUGGUGCUGAUUUUGUUAAAACAAAUCAAAAAUUGCCAAAGAAUGUGCAACCAGUUUCAAAUAGGCUCUACGCCUCUUUUGACGGUGAUGCUGACAGAUUAAUCUGUUACUACAAAAACUCGAAUGAUGAUUUUGUUCUCCUUGAUGGUGACAAGAUUUCCACCUUGAUUGCUUUAUUUUUGCAACAAAUCUUCAAGGAUAUUGAUUCGAGUAAAUUAAAACUUGACAUUGGUGUUGUCCAAACUGCUUAUGCGAAUGGAUCUUCGACCAAUUAUGUUGAGGAUGUAUUGGAGUUGCCUGUUCGUUGUACGCCAACUGGUGUUAAACACUUGCAUCACGAGGCAGAGAAAUUUGAUAUUGGAGUCUACUUCGAAGCCAAUGGCCAUGGCACUGUGGUUUUUAAAAACGAAGCCGAGCGAAAAAUUUACGAUUACAAGUCAAGUUCUCCAAAAGAAGAGACUGCGGUUAAAGUUCUUCAAAAUUUUAGUCAAUUAAUCAAUCAAACAGUGGGUGAUGCAAUUUCUGACCUUUUGGUCGUGUUGGUUAUUUUGCAUUAUCUUGAUCUUACCCCGGAGCAAUGGAAUAAGGCUUACUCUGAUUUACCUAAUAAACUAGUAAAGGUUGUUGUUCCAGAUAGAACGAUUUUCAAAACCACAAAUGCCGAGAGAACAUUGAUUGAACCUAAAGGGUUGCAAGGUAAAAUCGAUGAUUUGGUUGCAAAAUAUCCACAAGGAAGGUCGUUUGUUAGGGCUUCAGGUACAGAAGAUGCUGUACGUGUUUAUGCCGAGGCAGACACAAAAGAAAACGUUGAGGCAUUAUCCAGUGCAGUUGCCGAUUUAUUGAAGUAG